CUGCCCUAGAAGGGACGGGUGGUGCAGAGAAAGCUGCUCAACGGGAGUCAGCGUCCAGGAGACACCAGAAGGUCACGCAUCCUGUCGGACACUCUCCAUGGCGUUAGAGGCAGACUGCCACCCCACAGGGAAGAGACUGUGCAAGAUGCAGGCCUUCAGAAUCUGGGAUAUCAACCAGAAGACAUUCUACCUGAGGAAUAACCAACUAGUGGCUGGAUACUUGCAAGGGUCCAAUACUGAAUUGGAAGAGAAGAUAGAUGUGGUGCCUAUUGAGCCUCAUACUGUGUUCCUGGGGAUCCACGAGGGGAAGCUGUGUCUGUCUUGUGUCAAGUCUGGUGAUGAGAUGAAGCUCCAGUUGGAGCCUGUUGACAUCACUGACCUGAGCAAGAACAAUGAGCAGGACAAGCGCUUCACCUUCAUCCGCUCAGACAACGGCCCCACCACCAGCUUUGAGUCAGUGGCCUGCCCAGGCUGGUAUCUCUGCACGGCGCUGGAGGCCGACCGACCUGUCAGCCUCACCAACACACCCGAUGCGGCCAUCAAAGUCACCAAGUUCUACUUCCAGCAGGAGUAAUAGCACUGCCCACUCCCCUCUCCCACUCCAGCCACUAAUGACUCUAGAGACUGCCUCUGUCCUCCUGUUCGGGGUCUCCUGCGCUCUCACAAGCUCUGAGGAACAGCCUUGGUGAGGUGGAGCCACCAAAGGAGGGACAAGAGCCCUGGAAACAUGUCUCUGUCUCUCGCAUCCUCAGCUAACCAUCUUCCAGGCUGCCUCCCAAACAUAGACCCAAUCUGGUGGCAGUUCAGAACCCUGAAGGCCUGUGCCUUCAGGGUGAAACCCAGGCCACAGGUCAAUUCUGUUGCCUCUGGGUUUCCUGCACCUUGCCGUAGUGUCCACACCCCAGAUCCCAACGUCACUCAUCACUCCCCCCACCACACCUUGUGUCACCCACAUCACCUAGUUGUGCAAAUUGAUGCUGCUCCUUGAGGAAAGAUUUUUAGAGCCUUUGAGAAAAAUGGGAAAUGAGGGUUUCAUGGAAAUUUUUGAAGUUAAGCCAACUUAAAUCCAGGCAAAAGUAAGGCCUGCCUUCGGAAAGUACGUUCUCUCUGAAGGGGGAUUGCAGGAGAAAAGUUUCCUGUCUUACUUUUGAAAACAAGUCUCCCUUUUCAUUUUUCUGUCUGGCUUUUGUCAUGCCUGUAAAAAUGGAAAAACUGUCCUCUAUUGGUGCCCACAUGUUCUGUUUCCUGCACACCUGACCCCACUGCCCAGGCCUGGCACACCAUGUUCACUCCAGCUGGUCAGCUUCCUGUGGCAGUUGUACUGACCCUCUUCAGACACCUCCCUCACUCCAAGGCUGCUCCAGAACCCACCCAGAGAACAGCUGUGGCUCUGGGCCUUUUCCUCCUUCAUGGCCCAGGAGGGAUGCUCUGUUCCUCAUUGUUGGCCCUGGUGGCACUUUAUAAGUUGCAUGGAAGAUGGCGACGCCUCUGUCUUCUCUGCACCAGAUGGCAAGAUCCUGAGAGCAGGAGGCUGAGAGCCUCCAUGGGGCCUGGUGCCUGGCAGGUGUUCAGUGAAUGUCUGUUGUCCAUGUAAGUGAAAUCCACGUGAUUUCAACUCUGUUUUACAAUAAAACCUUGAACAUUCAUCGACUUUGCUGGUUGUGCCCAUAGCCUGGGGGCUGGGGGCUUGGAGUACCAGGAAAUGGAGAGAACUUUU